UCCAUUCGACCAGGCACCAGACCACCCCCGGACCUUUUGCCCAGGCACCGGACCGCCCCGUGCCUUUUCGGUCCGGCGCCCACCCACCCCGGACCUUUUGCCCCAGGCACCGGACCGCCCCGUGCCUUUUCGGUCCGGCGCCCACCCACCCCGGACCUUUUGCCCCAGGCACCGGACCGCCCCGUGCCUUUUGCCCCGGGCACCACACCCCCGGACCGUUUUGCCUCGCGACCUAGGCCGCUCGCAUCACGUGAUCACUCCCACCCGGCCUCCCAAGGCACCCUCCCGCGCCAACUGGUCCGCCAGUGGGCCUUUGUCCCGUACCUCGCCCCUACCCGCCAGGCACCAUCCACCUCCCUGUAUUCUCCCCAAGCCCCCUCCGCGCCAACUGGUCUGGCGGUGGGCCACCCCAGGUCCAUUCGACCAGGCACCAGACCACCCCGGACCGCCCCCGUGCCUUUUCGGUCCGGCGCCCACCCGCCCCGGACCUUUUGCCCCAGGCCCCUUGCCCGCCAGGAGGGGCACCCCCCAGCCCGGCGACGCCCGCCCCGGGGGCCACAUGAGGGUGCGUGGGCAGGGGAGGGGUCCCGCGGAAAAAAUCCCGGUUGCCGUCUCCCGCGGCGCCAUCCACAAGUCGCUCCCCGCUGGCCAACUGGCCCAGCACCCGGCCAAACCGCGAAACCGCCCGUCCGGCCGGGCGAAUGGGUCCCCUUGCGGCCAACUGGCUCCGGCUUCCGCCAGAGGAGAAGGACCCCCAAGACCCCUCGGAGGGGAUCUCGGAAGCCAGAAGAAGGAACAGUGGUCUCCGGUAGGCGGUUGGCCUACCCGGUACCCUUUCCCCCCCUCCAAGCAC